UCUGCCCGACUCCCUCAGGAUAUUUUUAGCGCCGAUGAUGUGCCCUGUCAAAUCGCGUAACGGAAACAACCUCAGAGCUAAAAAAGCAGAGCUGCUGUGGAGAGCCCGCUCGCUCAGUUUUGUUGUGAUCUGCACGGAGGAAGGCCGCGGAUGAGAUGAGAUUUGAAAUGAAUUCGGUGUUUUUGGUGCUGGUGGUUCUUACCGGCUCGCCGCAGACAAGAGGUCAGAGCAGUGCUUCGCCUCCUGCCCUCCCGAGUCAUGUUGGCACCUCAGCAUCUCCUGACCUGACACAGAAUCCUGGGAAUGAGGUCCCAAAGUGGACACAUAAUCCUACAGGCCGGGACGAAACCUCAACUGAAACCACAACCAUCACCAAGACCGAAGGAACAGCUCGUUCACAGAGCGUGACAAGUGCAGCGUUUAAAAGCCACUUGUUGAGCACAAGCUCUGCAGCGGCAACAUCACAACACACAAACAAAGCAUUUGUGAUGACCGCUCGCGAAGGCGCUGCCUCUUCCUCAGCUGCUGCUGCCACAGACGGCCUUUCAUCCACACCUACUCUACAGAGCACCACCCCCCUAUGUCACGUCUCAACCACUGAAAGCAGAACACUCCCAACCAGAGGUCCCCCCACCACCUUUUCACCUCAGCCGACCCACACAGCGCAGGAUACAAGCUCCACAGCCCACCUCUCCACCACGCAGCCACAGUCUGAGUCAGUGACCACAGCCACCACACAGACCACAGACCAUCCUCUGACCUCAGCUCCGGGCCGGGGCCCUGCUGGGCCAACACACCAGGAAAUCCCACCUGAACUAAAUGUUGGAGAUGAAGACCUCAAGGGGCCCCAAUACCGCUCAAGCUCCCCUUUAGACCCCCUACUGGCUGGUCUGCUAUCAGUGUUCAUUGUCACCACUGCUAUCGUCUUCGUCAUCCUCUUCAUCAAGUUCCGCCAGCGGACAAACCACCCAGAAUUUCAUCGGCUGCAGGAUCUCCCCAUGGAUGAUUUGAUGGAGGACACGCCACUCUCCAGAUACACCUACUGAUGGAAGCAUCCCCAUCAGUCAUUUCAACCACUCAGAGGUAACAGAAGCAAAGCAGACACCAAAGGAAGACCAGUGUGGAUGUGAUGCAGAGCCUUUUCCUGAUGCAGCUGCAUCUCCGCUGAUGAGUUUCCCCUUGUGACUGAGUGUUUUGGGUCAGUGAUUAAAUGUUUAUCUGCCGCUCCGUGAGAAGGAUUCUUAAAGAACGUAGAGGUUUUUAUAUCACUUCAGCUUUUUUCCACAUUCCCUUUAAAGUUAAGGAGAUCCUCAGUCUGGUGGGAACCUUGUGUUUUAUUUUUUUACCCCUGACUUGACUCCUUAUGUAUGCACAGCACUUUAAUGUGGCACAAACAGUCACAGUGCCCUCUAGGGGACAUAUGAUGUAAUGUGGAUCAAGGUUGCAUAAAGUCCUCCGAUGUAAGUUAACUGACAACCUCAGGUUAUCCAGCGGGAAAUAAGAGAGAGAGAGAGAAAAGACCGAAUGAGGAUAUAAAAAACACACGGCCAAGUUGCCAACAUGCCCAAAACAAUUAAGGAAUAUUAAUUAUGAUCCCUUAGGUGACCAAAUGUUAGUGAAGUGCACUUUCGAACCAAAUGGCCAGGUUGCAUGUGUCGUCUUAAAGCCGAGGUCUUGCAGAAAUCUACACAAAAAUUUAAAGAAGCAAUUCAAAGCCAUAAAUUAAGAAAAACAGACCAGUUCUCUCACAGUAGAAGCUUGUUAUCAUCAAUCAAGUCUAUUAAAUAAGUUACCCCAAAUUAUAUUAACAAAUAUUUAUUGUUGCAGCCUUUAAUGUGUAGUUAUAUGUGUUAUGGAAUUUGUAUCAUCAUAGUCUGAUGCUGGUUAAAAACUUGAAUUUGGUUAUACUGUUGUCAGUGAUGAAUGUUUAAACCACCAGUGCACACUGAGAAGACCCUGCUACACUAAAUAAUCACUUUAAUAUGAGUAAAUUGUAAAGGUAAAACAAACUGCUAUUGUUAAAUGUGUUGAUAUUUAUAGAGGGUGUAUUUGUUUGCGCACACAGCAUUUGUUCAAAGGUGGAGACAGUGACAGGCAGCAUCAGGGAAGUUUGUUGUUAACUGUAUGUGUAGUAGUAGGAGUUAUCAUGCAAAUGUGGUGAGUUUUUACCUAGUGUAACUUUACUGUUAAGUGCCAACAGUGAUGUAUGAUAAAAUGCCUUUGAAAUGUGGACUGUAAGAAUUUAUUGACAUAUGGAUUUCCUGUUUGAUAAUAAAACAGAAACCACUAUAAA